ACCAAGUCCAUACAAUAAUUUCUCCAAUCUUUUUUCUCCCCAACUUGUGCCGUGUUCCCAAAAAUAAGCCAUGUAAACUCUCCACUAUCUAUCUUUCGUCGCUACCGACCUCUCCUUCUUUUCACCCUCUCUCUCUCUCUCUCUCUCUCUCUCUCCAUCUCUCCAAGAACAGAAGCAAUAGAAGAGCCACCUUUUCAAUAGUCGUCACGCAGCACGGCAGCAGGUGCAACAGCCGCACAUCGCAUGCACGAUCGAUCCCCAAUUAAACUAAACGUCUCGCUGAUUCUCGGGAUCCUUUAAUUUCCUCCCCAUCCCCGGCGCAUGCGAUGGCCUCCCUUCCCCAUCCGCAUCCCGGCCACCACGACUCCUCCUCCUCCUCCGCCGCGGCGCCGGGCUCAGCUUCCUCCACCCCGCGCGGCGGCGGCGGCGGAGGGGCGGAGCAGCAGCAGCAGCAGGUGCGGUUGAUGUGCAGCUUCGGCGGGCGCAUCCUCCCCCGCCCCCACGACCACCAGCUCCGCUACGUCGGCGGCGAGACCCGCAUCGUCUCCGUCCCCCGCUCCGCCUCCUUCGCCCUCCUCCUCUCCCUCCUCUCCAAGCUCCUCCCCUCAAGCCCUAGCCCUAGCCCCAACUCCCCACCCCCACCCCCGAUCGUCAAGUACCAGCUCCCCCACGAGGACCUCGACUCCCUCAUCUCCGUCACCUCCGACGAGGACGUCGACAACAUGAUGGACGAGCUCGAUCGCCUCUCCUCCUCCUCGUCCUCGUCGUCGUCGUCCUCCUCCUCCUCCGUCCCGCACCCGCUCGCUCUCCGCCUCUUCUUCUUCUCCUCGACUCGCGCCCCUCUCCUCCUCGGCCCCUCCCCCGCCGAGCCCUUCGGCUCCGUCGUCGACGCCGGCGCCGACAAGUGGUUCCUCGACGCCCUCAACGGCGCCGCUCCGCCCCACCUCGAGCGCGGCCGCUCCGAGGCCUCCUCCGUCGUCUCCGAGGUCCCCGACUACCUCUUCGGCCUCGACGCCAACUCCUCCGCCUCCUCCCCCACCACCCGCUCCAAACCCGACCCUUUUUCCGACGACGGCCCCGCCGAACCGGACCACCCGGUCCACCCCCACCUCCGCCACCACGACCACGGCCUCGGCGUCCCCAAUUACGCCGCUGUAAACCCGCUCUGGCAACCCGAACCGGUCCCGGUUUACUGCGUCCCCGCCCCCUCGCUGGGCGGGCAGUUGCCGGUCGGGUUCGCCCCGCCGGUUCGCGGCCUCCUGCCCGGGCCGUUCUACAUGGCCGGUCCGCCGGGGGCCGGGGGCGACCGGUACGAGGCACCGGCAGCUGGCGGAGUGAUUGUGGGCCCAGGCUUCGUUCCGGUAUACCCGUCAGCACCACCCGGUGGAGCGUCCAUGGGCGCCGGUCAUGCUGGGGAGUCGCCGGGAAUAGCCGGUGCCGACUUGAGAAGGGCUUCCCAGUAGCGUCGGUUUUGAUCAUCAUAUAUAUUAUGAAUGAAUGAAUUAAUGGACCUAGCUCGAUCGGAUGCAGUUUUGGUAUUUUGUCAGUUGGUCUGCUGCCUUGCUAUAUGAAUAAUGCAUGUGAAAAAUCAGUUUAAAUUGAUUUGUAAUAUUUUGAAUUGGAUGUUAUAUUAUUACUUGUAUUGAUUAUGGAAAAUGUAAAAAAUAAAAUAAAAUGAAAAUGUUAGUUUUUCGUCGAUAUAUAAAUGCAUCCUUUAGCUUAA